AGCAAGGGGAAAGGCAGCAGAGGUUUCAUCGAACGUCACCGGGGAUAGGAAGGGCUGCUUUUAAUACAUUUUAAGAAGAGAAGAAAAUAGGACAAAUAUGCGUCACUGUUCGGGACUGAUCUGAAUUUUGAAUCAUUUUCGUGGGAAGUUAUUUGGAGAGAAGAACGAAGGCGCAGUUGUUUAAGGAAACCCAGGGAAUUAAAAAUCAGAUUUGAGAGUUGCAUUUGUGUGCUAAAUCCCCUGUCCCAAACGAGAAGGCUUCCGCGCACAACAGAUUUGGAUUAACGUUCAUUGAUGUAGUAAGCGGUGAUGUCUUGAGACAGUCUCCCAUCCAGCCUAGUGAAGGACGUGCGAGGUCAAGUGACUGCUAAUGGGAACCCCUGUGACACCAUGAGUGCUCGUGAUGGCGGCCACGGCGGAGGGAUCGGUGGCGUGGGCACGCUGGGCAGGCGAGGACGCUACGAGGACUCGGAGUUCACCCUGCGCAUCUAUCCGGGCUCCCUGGCCGAGGGCACCAUUUACUGCCCCGUUAGCGCCCGCAAAAGCACCACGGCCGCCGAGGCCAUCGAGCGCUGCCUGGAGCGCCUGCGUCUGGACCGUGACCGCUGCUACGUGCUAGCCGAGGUCAAGGAAUUUGGCGGGGAAGAAUGGAUCCUGAACCCCAGCGACUGCCCCGUCCAACGGAUGAUGCUGUGGCCCCGCGGGGCUCUGGAGCAGCGCUCCGGCUCGGGUGGCGGGGAGGACUACCGCUUCCUGCUACGGCAGAAGAAUCUGGAUGGCUCCAUCCACUACGGCGGCAGCCUGCAGAUGUGGCUGCGUGUGACCGAGGAGCGCCGGCGCAUGACGGAGCGUGGCCUGUUGCCACAGGAGGAGGUCAGGGGUGACCAUGCCGACUUGUGCUGCCUGCCGGAGCUCACCGAGCGCUCGCUGCUGGACAACCUACGCUCGCGCUUCCGCCAGGAGAGGAUUUACACCUACGUAGGCAGCAUCCUCAUCGUCAUUAACCCCUUCCAGUUCCUCCCCAUCUAUAACCCUAAGUACGUCAAGAUGUACGACAACCACGCUCUGGGAGACCUGGAGCCGCACAUCUACGCCGUGGCGGACGUGGCCUACCACGCUAUGCUGCAGCGGCGGAGGAACCAGUGCAUCGUCAUCUCUGGAGAGAGCGGCUCGGGAAAGACCCAGAGCACCAACUUCCUGAUUCACCACCUGACCGCCCUCAGCCAGAAGGGAUUCGCCAGCGGGGUGGAGCAGAUCAUUCUGGGGGCGGGGCCAGUGUUGGAGGUAAGGACACCCAUGCAAUAAAAAUCCUUUGAAUUU